GUCUGAAUGGGAUGCAAGAAGAAUCAUAAGAGUCUGUGAAGAUAAGGAAAUAUGUUUCUUUUCAUUUCUUUCCAUACGUAUAUACGAUUGGCUGAAAAUCGGAAUGGUGAAGUGAUCAACACAUCGGAAGUGCAAGAUGAGAGUUACGCUCGCCUUAGCUGUAAUCCUCAUUGUUUGUAUCAGCAUUCAAUGCGUUGAGAGCAAAGUAAAGAAGACAACACAGUUGUCUCUACAAAGCAAAGAAACGAACGUAGUGAACUUCAUGAGAUUACUCGUGAUGAGACUUGUGUUUGGAGUUGCAUCGGCGAUGGGUCUCGGUGAAAAUUUGUCCGGUGUGCUCGGAGGGAUUUUCGUACCUCCUGGAGCAGAUGAUUACAGUGACUAUGCCGAUGAUGAUUUCAUAUCAGAUUUGUUUUAAUAAUAGUGCACGUUAAACAGCAAUUCGAACAUACAAUUGCGAACAUCAACCAAUUCGAAUUAUGAUUUUGCAUUUGAUUCUGUUUCGUCCUAAAAUUGAUGCACAAAGUCUCAACCAAAGUGUAUGUAUAUACUUACGCUUUUAUACCGUUAUUCGUCAUAUUUUCCGUAUACAACACUUGAAAUGUACAAUAACCGAAGAUGCAUCAUUAGCGGUCUCUACUAUCACCUUCUGUUUUAUUAUUGUUAAUGAAAAUAUUUCUAAUUCGAACAACUUAGUAUUCUUAUGUGCAGAAAUAAAGAUAUAUUGUUUUAUUCUUAUCUUCAAAUAAUUACACUCGAUUAUCUUUAGAAAAUUUAGUUAAUAUGAAUUAGGAAUUUUGGUUAAUUUAUUCUAAAUUUAAAAUUAAUUCAACAUUUUUCUUAAUAUUUUUACUAACUAAAUCUAUAACUAAAUCUAUUGUAUCACACUUCCUAUGACAAACAGUAAUUAUUUUAUUAUUAUUUGUAAAUAAUAUAUUAUUUAUAUUUAUUAUUUAUUUAUCAGCAUAACUAUGAAAAAACGAAACCUUGCGUCAAAAGGCGUCUUAUAUUAAAUAUGCAAUUUAAAUUGCUCUUUGUACAUAUUAAGGUUUUAGUAAAAAGACAAAUCGCUGCUUUUAUUUGUUUUCUAAUAUUACAAAAUUAUGUACCUAAUA